CCGGAAGCGGACGCGAGGCUGGCAGCGACUGGGUGGGUAGCUGCGGCAGUGGCGGGCACGGCGAGAGCGAGGAGUAAAGGGGUGCGGGCCUGGCUCCCGCGCCGGGGUGGAGCACCAUGGACGAAGCUGGGAGCUGUGCGAGCGGCGGAGGCUUCCGCCCGGGCGUGGACAGCCUGGACGAGCCGCCCAACAGCCGCAUCUUCUUGGUGAUCAGCAAGUACACGCCCGAGUCGGUGCUGAGGGAGCGCUUCUCGCCCUUCGGGGAGAUCCAAGACAUCUGGGUGGUGCGGGACAAGCACACCAAAGAGUCCAAGGGCAUCGCAUUCGUCAAGUUUGCCCGCAGCUCGCAGGCCUGCAGGGCCAUGGAGGAGAUGCACGGCCAGUGCCUCAGCCCCAGCGACACCAAGCCCAUCAAGGUUUUCAUUGCUCAGUCCAGAUCAUCUGGAAGUCACCGAGAUGUUGAAGAUGAAGAACUUACAAGAAUAUUUGUUAUGAUACCAAAGUCCUACACAGAAGAAGAUCUACGGGAAAAAUUUAAGGUGUAUGGAGAUAUCGAGUAUUGCAGCAUUAUUAAGAAUAAAGUAACUGGAGAAAGUAAAGGCUUGGGCUAUGUUCGAUACUUAAAACCAUCACAGGCUGCCCAAGCAAUAGAAAACUGUGAUCGAAGUUUUAGGGCAAUCUUGGCUGAACCUAAAAAUAAAGCAUCUGAAUCCUCAGAACAAGAUUAUUAUAGUAAUAUGAGGCAGGAGACUUUGGGACAUGAACCUAGAGUGAAUAUGUUUCCAUUUGAACAACAAUCUGAAUUUUCAAGUUUUGACAAGAAUGACAACAGAGGCCAGGAAGCCAUCUCCAAACGCCUGUCAGUUGUAUCAAGAGUUCCUUUCACUGAAGAGCAGCUUUUCAGCAUUUUUGAUAUAGUACCAGGGUUGGAAUACUGUGAAGUUCAACGAGAUCCGUAUUCUAAUUAUGGUCACGGAGUGGUUCAGUAUUUUAAUGUAGCAUCUGCUAUUUAUGCAAAAUACAAGUUACAUGGAUUUCAGUAUCCUCCUGGGAAUCGGAUAGGUGUUUCCUUUAUUGAUGAUGGGAGUAAUGCAACAGAUCUCCUUAGAAAAAUGGCAACGCAGAUGGUAGCUGCACAGCUUGCAUCAAUGGUGUGGAAUAACCCAAGUCAGCAGCAAUUUCUGCAAUUUGGAGGAAGUUCUGGAUCACAGCUGCCUCAAAUCCAGACAGACGUUGUACUUCCGUCCUGCAAAAAAAAAGCCCCUCCUGAAACUCCUGUGAAAGAAAGACUUUUUAUCGUGUUUAAUCCACAUCCUUUACCUUUAGAUGUACUAGAGGAUAUAUUCUGUCGUUUUGGUAACCUGAUCGAAGUUUACCUUGUGUCCGGAAAAAAUGUGGGGUAUGCCAAGUAUGCAGAUAGAAUAAGUGCUAAUGAUGCCAUUACUACUUUACAUGGAAAGAUCCUGAAUGGAGUCAGACUUAAAGUUAUGCUGGCAGACUCCCCAAGAGAAGAAUCUAACAAACGACAAAGAACUUACUGAUUCUUGAG